AUGCAGCGGCCGAUCGCGGGCCGUCUGAAGCACGCGGGGUCGACGCCGCUCGUGGUCGUAGCGGACGACGUGCCGCCCAUCAGAAUCGCGGAGCGCCGUGCGAUCGACCACCUGAGCGAUCUCGACCAUCCACGUGGCUCCCCGCUCGCCAGUGGCAAGCACGCGAGCCCACAAGCCGCCGCCUUCCGCGCGUCCUCCGCCGGCGGCGGCGUCGCCUCUCCGGUCGCCGCCUUCUCCCCCGCGGCGCUCUCCCGCGAGUUCGCUCUCGCCGCCGGCAGCCACUUCCACGGCAGCCCCGCGCACGCGCACGCGGGGCACGGCGCACACGCGGGCCACGGGGUGGGGGGAAGCGGAGCGGCGGGCGCGGAGAGGGCGGGCGGGGGCGCGGUGGUGUCGAACGUGGCGGUGGUGGCGGGGCUGCUGCUGCUGCUGAACCUGUCCACCAUCUACCUCUUCUUCCAGUCCGGGGUCUCCUCACGCUCCCUCUCCGCCGCCUCCGCCGACAUCCGCCUGCGCAGCGCCCCGCAGGAGCGCGCCAUGGCGCACCACGCCGCGCUCUCCAGCGACCCCCCCGCCCGCGCACGCACGCAUGCAGGUGGGGGGGCAAGCAGCAAUCCGGUGCAGGCGGAGGGGGGGGCGGGCAUGGGGCGGGGCGUGGGGGCGCACCUGAGCUGGGCAGUGAGGGCGAGGGAGACGGUGAACGGGCGGCUGUUCCACAUCGCACCGGGGCUGGCCGCCAGCAAGGUGCCCUGGAACGCCACCGACAACUCCUUCCUGCUCUCCCUCGUACACUCCCCGCCUCCCCUCCCUCCCGCUCUACGCCCUUUUUCUGUCUCCUAUGGCCGCCCUCGCCCUACUCCAUGGCAGAGGGGCAAGUGGGACGUGAGGUCGUUCUCUCUCAUGCCGGGGGUGUUCCUGCUGCAGCAGCCCCACGACUUCGCCUGUGUGCUGCUCAUCCAGGACGCCUGCUACGUGCACAUGACAGGUCCAUCGCGGCUGCACCAGCCAAUGGCGGGCAUGUGGUAUUCGGACGAGGGCGUGCGCGACUUCAAGCGCAUCAGCACCUCCAAUGACCUCUGCUCGCUCUUCCCCGACGCCCUCGCCGACCAACAAGACCACGCCUGGCGCUCCCUCUCGCCCCGAGAGGCACGCGCUGCCCUGGAACGAGAGGGCACUGUUGGGAGGGAUGUGGUGCGGUUGAGAGGGGUGAAGGAGGAGGGAGGAGCUGGGGGAGUGGAUGGGCGGAAAGGGGGUGCGGGAGGUGGGAGGAAGGGGAGUGGGGUGGGGAAGGAGAGGUAUGGUGGGAGGGUGGAGCGAAGGGAGGAGGAGGAGGAGGGGGAUUGGAGGGACAGCGGUCGGGUUGGGUACUCAGCUGAGGAGGGGGAGGAGGGGGAGGAGAGAGGGGCUCACAUGGACAAGAGGCGACGCCUCCUAUCCGCAUCGGAGCAAAAGCCCGCCAAAACCCACAACCCUGUGCCUUCCCACCCUAAAACAGCCACCCCUUCAGCCACCCAGUCACCACCCACCCCACCCCAGCAGCAGCAGCAGCAGCAGUCAGCAGCACCCGUGGUCCUGUCAGGAUUCGAGAACCAAGCACCGGGGUUCACGGACGAGUUUGACGAGGAGCUGCACGACAUGACGGACAUCAAGCGCCGCGAGAACCGCGUGUACGGCCGCUUCGAGAGCGCGCAUGCGGUGGCGCGGUACCUGAACCUCAGUGACGCGGCUAGCAGGGCGCGGAUGGCCACGGGGCCGAAAGGGGGGCGCGUGGAGAAGGUGGGGUAUGUGCCGCGGCAUAACACGUACAUGGGGGAUUUCGGCGAGGCCGUUGUGCCUCUCAUGCAGGCCGCUGUGCACCUGGUGCGCGCGCCCCCGUCGGACCCAUCAAAGGACACGAGGGGGGAGGGGCGCGUGGUGUUCUUCCCGGGGGAGCACGAGGUGCGCAGCGCGUGGACGGCUGACAUGGCGCACAUCCUCUUCGGCCCCAAGGCGCAGCUGCUGCUCGGCCACUCGCCCGGGCUCAAGGUGUGUUUCCGCAACGCGCUCUUCCCGCUGAACCGCCUGCACACGCCGCAGGCAGCGGACACGCUGAGGCAGUGGGCGCUGCUGGGCGCAGGGGGGCGCAGCAAGGGCAAGGGCAAGAAGGGCAGGCAGUCGGGUGUGGUGCGCGUGAAAGUGCUGCGCACCAGCCGCAGCCUGCCGCCCGUGCCCGCCCCGCCGGGAUCCCAGGUGCCCCCUGCCCCGCGGCGCAUGAGGUGGCAGGUGACGGUGCUGGAGCGCGAGAGGGGGCGGUCCGUGAUGAACGGCCACGAGGUGGCGCGCGUGGCACACGCUCUCUUCCCCGAGAUGCCGCUGCUCAUCGCCCGGGUCGGCAAGGCGUCUGCCUCUGACCACGCUCUGCUGCUCAAGAACACCCUGGUGCUGAUAUCCCUGCACGGCACGCCGCUCACCACGGCGCUCUUCAUGCCGCGCGGCUCAGUGGUGGUGGAGCUCUUCCCCUACAAGUUCCUCAGCACGCUCUACAAGAAGCUCGCCAUGCGCUCCGGCGUGCACUACCUCGCCUGGCGCAACAUCCAUGACAUCAGCGCCUUUUUCCGCAACUCGUGCAUGAAGGACGGGGGGUUCACGCACCUGCCCGAGGAGCAGUGCUGGAAUAUUCAUGAGUGUGUGGCGUGCGCGCGUGAUCAGAGCAUUACGAGGGUAGAUCGGAGGGAGUUCAAGGAGGUUAUGGCCAAUGCGAGAAUGCUUGUCAGAACGCUUGUUUACAAUAAUACAGUGUAG